UUUCAAGAGAAAUACACUUCUCUUUUGAAAUUUUUAAAAGAAUAUAAGUUUUACAAAACAAUUUUCGUAGAAACACUGCCAAAUCUUUAGUUUUACAAAUCUCAUUAUUUACUCCAAUGGCACCAAGAGGCAAGAAGUCGAAGAAGCAGCGCGAAAUCGAUUGGGCGGCCGACGCUAACUUCGACAAGAACCGUUCAAUGAUCUACAUCGAGCACACGUUAGAGUGCCCGAUAUUCACGACAAAAGCCGAGGAAUUCGCCGCUUAUGUAGCCAAAGAAGCGCCAAAUCGCAUCAUACAGUUGGUACGGAAUCAUAACGGCAAAGUGCCGCCAAGAGAGGGUGCCUUCGAGAUUGGAUUUUCGCAGAACGCGCGCACCUCCGUGCAUCAGCUGUGGUCUGGCAUUGAAAAAGGCCCACCAAGGCGUGACAAAUUCCCACCGGAGUACGAGUCGCUCAUGCAAGAAAUACAUAAGAUUUUGAAAAAAUUCUACCCUGACGCGGUGGAAAAGAAUCCCUUGGAAGGCAUGGAGGAAGAUGGCGCGGCGCCAGCGUACGAGUAAAAGUUCUUAAAAUUUUUUCAACUUUUAAAAAGCGACAAUGUCAAUAGUUUAUAAUCUAAGCCAUUUAAAAUUACACAACAACAAUAGUGAAGCGUUAAUGCUGUGGUUAUCCGAGCCUAACAACCGCCCUGCCGAUUGUGAUUUGGAUAAAAAAGCAAAGUUUGAAAACUAGUCUAACAGUUUGAGUGCCUAUGAGUAAUUCAAAACCUAUCCGCAAGUCGUAGCUUCUCGCCGUAAGAUGGCGCAACAGUUGCGCCAAGCGUUACCACAUAAAAAAUUAUAAUAAUAACAUAAACAUGCGCUAAACUACAUUUUCAGUUAAAUAAAUUGCGACU